AUGAGCGACUACACCAUGGAUUCUGAAGAGGUGGAAACGUACUCGAGUGAUAGGGUUGCGCCUCUUAACAUCUCCAAGUCGCCUAGGAAGUUGCACACCGGUGUCUACGGCCACAACCGCCAGUCGUCAUCACGCGCUCUCUCCAUACGGUUACAAUCACAGUCCCAGAUCUCGCCGCCAUUGACACCUACAACAAUCGAACACUCGAGCACACAACAAAUCACAGCCCAGCCAAUCUUCCACCACUACUUACGCGCCUUCUACCACUACGUUCCGACUUCAACAGUAUCCUCUUCGACUGACGAAUCGUCAAUAACAGUGGCGAUCAAACAGGGCGACGUGAUCCUGGUGCACUCGGUACACCCGAAUGGGUGGGCUGACGGUACGCUUCUUGGAUCUGGAGCACGUGGAUGGCUGCCCACCAACUACUGCGAACCGUACGACCACCCUACAAUACGCAACCUCCUCAAUGCUUUGACACAUCUAUGGGACCUCGUUCGUGAUGGCGAGAGUGGAAACCUGGUUGCAUUCACCAAACAGGAUUACGUUAGGGGAAUGAUCGCUGGUAUACGGUUCUUCCUGGAAAGGACCGACUGUCUAUCCAGGGACUCACAUCUUAUCGUCGCGCACAUUGGCUUGCGACGUAUGCGAAAAGGUCUCCUCGGUGAUCUGUCGACACUCGUGAAGACUGCCAAGAAGCUGCAGGAGACAUUGCACACCAACGAGGAUGCCGCAUCGGUUUUCGAGCAGCUGGACGAGCUCGUGCUUAAGUCCUUUAAGCUUGUCACACGAGCGGUCCGAUUCCUCGAUAUCUGGGCGACAGACGCUGUCUCAUUAUCGUUCGAGCUGAAAGACAGGAGCACACAACGGCCACUCACACCCCCGGCUGACUCUGCUGACACUGUCGUGUUACCAGUGAACGAUAGCUUACCAGCCAAUCAGUCCGAGUCGCCGGUCGCACAAGCGUCCGUUCUAGCGCAUGAUGACCUGGACUCCGCUACAACACAGCCAGCACGAAACCUUAAUCGUCUUUCUGUUGCGUUCUCGAUACCCUCCGAAUCCGACUCACUACAGUCGCCCAUUCAACCUACUCAGCCCCAGACGCAGGUUAAGAGGCUCUCUGUCACCCAUCGGCUGUCGUAUACAGGAGCAUCACCGGGUGCCCGCAAGGAGAACCUUGCGUCAGAACGGCUGAACACUGCUCAAGACGCCUUCCUGGGUUUCAUUGGAUCUUUCAUCGGGCUGCAUCUCCAGUCGAGAUCUUCCGAAGAGCUCGCUCAUAUUACCCAGGAGUCCGUCGUUGCUUGUCGCCAGCUACUUACUAUUAUUGAAGAAGUAUGGGAACGCGACUCAAGGAGAUCGAAGGCUUUGGAAGAAUCGAGAGACAACAUGUACUCGCGACUUACUGAACUAGUGCAAGCGACCAAGGACAUGUUCAACUCUUCGGACGCCGACAUGGAUGAGGCAGUCUUCACACCGAGCUCUGGAACGCAGCUUGUUGCUGCUGCGACCAGUUGUGUGCGAUCCUCCGGCGACUGUGUCGCCAAAGCUCGUCUGGUCAUCGAGAAGAUUGGAGACUUUGAGUUCGAGACAGCCGGCUUGGGACUGUCGCAAUCCAUCUUCGAGCAGAUUGAACCUGCUGAGCCCCGAGACGAUGUUGACCCGACACAGAAGGUCUCAGAGUCAGUCAUGGAGAUUGAUAAGCCUCUACCUGCGCCACCUACUGAGAAGCAGGAGACUUUGGCUCUUGUAAUCACAGCAGAGUCAAAGCCACUGCCCGACAUCCCUGAGCAGUCGCCUUCAAAUACAGAGAGCCUCGAGCUGCCACCCACUAUCCCUGCCGCCAUUGCAGAGAGCCCAGAUAGCCCGACAGCACUCUCUUUCACAUCAUCACUGCAGCCUGUGAACGAAGAUCAUGCCGUCACCUCGGAUGAGAUUGCGACGCACGAGCCCACUGGAAGCCCAGCCGGCGUCACAUCAUCUACUACAAAAGCAACAAGGAGUGACAGCGUCAACGCUUCGGUGGCGGACUCCAGCAGCACUUUCCACUUCAGCAUCGGCAAUGGUAGCGUUAUUUCUCACACAUCCACGCGAGCCACUACUCCAGAUCACGUGCCUAAUAAGAAACAGAGUCAUCAGACUCUGGGAAGUAGCUUCGGUAGCUCAUCUGAGCUCCGCUCGUUGGCGAUUGAAGACGUCGCUGCUGGUGAAGAGCACUUGCUGGAGACCACAUUUGUACAUGAACUUGUGUAUAACAAGGAAGGUCAAAUAUCUGGCGGAUCCCUUCCUGCCCUUGUGGAACAGCUCACCACGCAUGAAUCAACACCGGACGCCGUCUUCGUGACAACGUUCUACCUCACCUUCCGUCUCUUCACAACGCCGAUUGAAUUAGCUCAGAGCCUGAUUGACCGUUUCGACUACAUUGGCGACAGCCAAGCAGUCGGCGUUCCAGUCCGCCUCAGGGUCUACAACGUCUUCAAGGGUUGGCUCGAGAGUCACUGGUCAGCCGACAGCGACCCAACUGCCUUGGGUUUGAUCUUGUCAUUCGCAACUGGAAAGCUCCGAAUUUCUCUGCCGGCAGCAGGCAAACGUCUUGCAGAGCUCACCUCCAAGGUUACGGAGGUCCGUGCUGGCGCUCUUGUCCCUCGACUCGUCUCUUCCAUUGGCAAGACUGGGGUGUCGAACACGAUCUUUUCAGCCAACGACAACGGCACUCCCUCGCCCAUCAUCACCAAGAGCCAGCUCAACGCUCUCAGGGCUAGCAAGGAGGGUCGCACCCAAUGCACCAUCCUGGAUUUUGACCCCAUGGAGUUGGCCAGGCAAUUUACCAUCAUCGAGUCCAAGCUGUUCUGUGCUAUCCAACCAGAGGAGCUCCUGGCUCUGGAGUGGACUAAGAAAAGCGACUCGAAGGCUGUAAAUGUCAAAGCCAUGUCAAAGCUAUCGACUGAUUUGGCCAAUUUGGUCGCGGAUACCAUCCUACAUCUGGAGGAUGCAAAGAAGCGCGCUGUCAUGAUUAAGCACUGGGUAAAGAUCGCAGCCAAGUGCUUGGAGCUCAACAACUACGAUUCGCUUAUGGCCAUCAUCUGCUCUUUGAACUCAUCAAUGGUUAUGCGUCUGAGGAAGACCUGGGAGCUUGUUUCCGCAAAAACCAAGAUCCGCCUAGACGAGCUAAAGACUAUCACUGACGUCGGACGUAACUACGCAGUUCUUCGCCAAAGGCUCCAGAACCACGUCGCCCCUUGCAUUCCUUUUGUGGGAAUCUAUCUUACUGAUCUCACCUUUGUCGAUGUUGGCAAUGGCACUACUCGCCAGCUUCCUGGCGAGUCCGGAUCUGAUAGCGUGUCUGUGAUCAACUUCGACAAGCACAUGAAGACAGCCAAGAUCAUCGGUCAGUUGCAAUCAUUCCAGGUUCCUUACCGCCUAGUUACCGUGCCUGAGAUGCAGGACUGGAUGGAGACGCAAAUCCAGCGUGUUCGAUCAAGCGAUCAAGCCAACGUUCAGAGCUAUUACCGUCGCUCACUCCUCCUCGAGCCACGAGAGCUCCAGCACUCUAUCAGGGGCUCUCCAUCCGUGGACAACAGUUCCCAGAGCACACUCACUGCCGAGAGCCGCACCACUUCUCGAGACAAAUUCGAGUUCCUUAACUUCAACUUCUCCACCAACAGCCUAAUGAAGGGCGCAUAG